UGCUUGUGUGUGAAUGUAUCACAUAUCUGUGAGUGCUUCUGGGAUUAAAAGUCAUUAGGCCAAAUUAGAGUCCACAUGUUCAUAAGAGUUCCUUGUCAGUGUCCCAGUUCGGUGCAGUUUUUUUCCUGUAAAUUAAAACCUGGAACUCAAUCACAACUACUGGAUAUCUGCAGCGCUUCCCCCAGCUCACAUCUAAAAAUAACACUCAGAGGGAGUGGACCCUUUCUGUUUUCAGUUCUCUCUCAGAGCUCUGAGAUUUACCAUCAUUAAGACGCGGUAGAUAAGCGGCAGCUUAUUUGCCCACAGAUCUAAUCGGACAUCAUGUUCUUCUCUUCCGUACUUUUAUUUUUUCCUCUAAUGAGCGCUCUGCAUGAUUUCCACGUGUCCGGCUGUGAUUACAACUGCACAGAUAAACCUGUGUUCACUCCAUCCAGUCUGGUAGUGAAGUAUGGAGACCCGACCUCUGCUACAUGUGUUGCUUGUAAUAAUUCCUGCCAGGGCACCGUAUCAGGUUUAGAAACAUCUCAGGGAGUGGUAACAGAAAAUGGAACUACGUUGGUGUGGACCGUUGACAGAAUAACUGAAUGGGACUCAACUGUGACGUGUUAUUACAGCACUGCUGAUAAACAGUGUUGUACUGACCUGGAUGUAACUGUCUACCAGGCUCCAGAACAUGUGUCCAUCAGCUUUGUUCAUCACACUGGGCCGAUGGUUGAGGGUCAUCAGUACCAGCUGCAGUGUACCGUGGAGAACGUAGCUCCUGCUAAACACCUUGUUGUGACCUUCUACAGAGGAGAGACAGUCCUGGAUCAACUUCAGUCUGAAAGUAGUGAACGCUAUAAACCAGUGAAUGAAACCUUCACUCUGAACAUCAACGCUAGUAAAGAAGAUAAUGGAGCUCAGUUCAGGUGUGAAGCCAAACUAGAACUGGGACCUGAAGGACCACAACCCCCUCCAGUGGUGAAAUCAGAAAACAUCACUGCUACAGUCAACUAUGGACCUAAGCUACUCGUGUCAGCAAAUGAAAACAUCCAAAUCAAACAAGGAGACACUCUAAGUCUGAACUGUUCGUCUGAAGGAAACCCCAGCCCCUCAUACUCCUGGAAGCUCCCGGAUGGAAGAGCUUCCUCCUCCAGCGACAGCGUUCUCAUCAUCCAGUCUGUGGGCUCUGAUCAAGGAGGGAAUUAUGUUUGUACCAUCAGCAACAAAGUGGGGACUGACACUGUAAAUUAUUCCGUGGAUGUCCAAGCCACAUGGCCCCCAUACGCUACAGCGUUGAUAGUAAUAGCUGUCCUGAUUCUCAUCGGACUCAUCGGAUACAUCCUAUACAAGCGCAAACGAACUGGACACUUAAGUGGUCAAGUAUGAUUCCAAGAGAUGACAGUGACAUACACGACAUAAUCCUGUACCUGCUGAAAGUUAAAUUUACAUGAAGCCAUGAAAUGUAGAUGGACACAUGAGGACAAACAGUUGUCUGAGAAAGCUUUGUAUUCUACUAUCAAAGUCACGCUCAAGUGACAAAUUGCUUUUUUUGUGAUCGGGGCUUAACAUCGACACUGGCCGCUAAGCUAACAGCCUACAAGGAAACUAGACAUUAGCUCAUAAACAUGGUGAAUUAACCGAACUGAGAUGUGUGGAAGUUAUUUUGCUGCAAUGCUACCAACCUAUAUGCGCAAAUGUCAAGUUGAUGGGUCACCACUAGCACAUGUCACUCAGUUUUACAGCUCAGAUAAUCAUUAAGGCUAUACUCCCUCCUCUUUCACCCUCACCUCCCUCCAUCAUUCAUUCUCCUCACAGUGUCACUCAUCAUGAUGGUGGAUUCAUUAACAUUAACAUUAGCCAAAAAACGAGAGAGGCCUUUACUUGUUUAUAAGUUACUCUGGUUUCCUUUGUGACCUCUCAGACUAUUAAGCUUCUUGCUUUUGUAGUGAAACUCAGAAACGCUCUGCAAACCCACACAACACAAAUAUUCCCUGAAGACCCUAAAAAGCAGUGGAUCAUCUCUCUCGAGCAAACACGCUGAUGCAUACUUUUAUCUCUAGUCGCAUUGACUAUUGUAAUGCUCUCUUCCCAAAAAAAAACAAAAAAAACAUAAAUCCUUUUACAAUUAAUUCAAAACACAGCAGCACGUGACCAGAAAGAGAGAGCAUAUUACACCAGUUUUGAGAUCGCUGUGUUUCAGGAUUUAGAUUUAAGGUUCUUGUAUUGGUUUAUAAAUGGUCUUGGCCCCUCAUAUUUAUCAGAUCUGCUUUUACCAUAUUGACCCCUGCGACAGGAGAUAGGGAGGCAGGGGGGGAAAUGACAAGCAGGAAAGGCCACUCGGCACUCGGAAAUAAUUUGAUUUGAUUUGAUUUGAUUUGAUUUGUCAGUGGAGAAAACAAUUAGAAAGUCAUCGCUCCAUCACUGAUUCCUUAUUACACCCUACGUGUAAACCUUAGUAUUGGCGUUUUUCUGAAUCUCAGAUUAUGCCAUAAAUUAUUAAACUAUUGCUUCAAUACCAGUAUCAUUUUUGUCAUAAAAAAUAUAACCAUUAAGGAUCAAUUUAUUGUGAUUUGCAAAACACAGUUUAAGGAGUGUAAAUACAAAUAGAAUUCAUUGAAGGAUGAUGAGGACGUUCAGUGCUGCCCGUCCUCACAGGGAGUAGGAAAGGAAGAGGAGCCAGCCAACCAAACAUGAGACGUACACGUCCAGCCUACAGAGGUUUCUUCUGAAGGUCUCUGUAGCUUUCUAGGCACCAUGGAUGGAUAAACAUGUCACCAUGAUCCAUACCGUAACUAUGGAAACCUGCAAAAUCUGUAAAACCAGAAAUGCCUACCAUAGUGAAAAAUGAAAAGGCAAUACUACUCUGUCACAUGUGUGGUAUAUAUAUAUAUGUUUUUUGUUUGUUUUUAUAAAUAACCUAAUUAUCCUUGAUUUUAAAAAGACAAAUGUACAACUUAAGUUAAAGGUGCACAUUUAUUGUAAUCAAAGAAACACUGUCUCCUGUUCUUCCUCCUCACUGUGCUCUGUAUUAGCUGAUGCUGGGUUAUUGUCAUGCUGUUCUAUUGUCUGCUCCUCCUCUCCUCCGUCCUCCUCCGUCUCCUCCUCACUAAGCCUCUGCUGGUCCCCUGUCGCAGCACAGCAGCUAACGUUAGCAUUAGCAACGUAACUAGGUUCUACAUGUCCAAAAAACAUAAAUAAAUAAAUAAAACAUAUUACUUCUCCCACUUCUUUUUUUUUACUAAAGAAAUUAAAACUUACUUACUCACAGAUAGUCUACUUAAAUCUUGAUAUCGGUGCAGGUCCAUGCGGAUCAGAUUCAGUCAGUAACUGCCGUUACUGUCGGAGCGCGCAAACUACGCGCUCUUCGGGUGGAGGGAAUUAGCGACAGGUAAUUGGAGGUCACACGUGAUGAGGACAGAGUUUAGGGAGCACCUGGAGCCCUUUGCGAUUGUGACCACCCCCUGGUGGCGCCAUUGAAAUGCAGAGCAGUGAGAAACAGUGAGAAAGCAGCAGCUCGUGAAGACGCGAUGCCUCCGUUUAAUAAUGUGUAAUCUGAUGCUUCACCACUAGGUGGUGGUAAACUGUAAUUUCAGACAAUCAGGUCACAUCCUCUCUGAGUUUAAUCACUCGUGGGUAAGAGAUAUACACUUUGUGGGUCUCUUACUAGAUGAUCCUAAAUGAUGAUCCUACUGUAGCAGCAGUAAAGUUGCUGUAUUUGAAUUUGUGAACUCCAGAGGCAAGGAGAAUAAAAAUUAAUUAAAAAAAAAA